ACGGAACUUGAAGCAGCAGCAUAUCAUGGUGGAAAAUAUUACCGAAAUUUCAUGAUAAUAAAUCUUUCUAAUUCUCUCCAUGAUCUCUCAGCUUGGCAGAUGGGUCUCAGAAACAUGAACAUUUUCAGAAUCCUUGAACAUCGUUCAUUGUAGAUGAUCACUCUUCGUAAGAACAAAUUAAUUGCAACUUGCAAUGGAUAAACGAUAGACAACUCGAUGCUAUUGGAUUCGGGUUUUCUCUUGCUAAUCCUAACCCAAAUGUAAUUGUGUCAUCCAUUCCAUAGACUCCCAUCGAAAUAGAAUUUGAAAGGUCGAAUGCAUGCAAUCUUACCCUCAUAAUCCCAAGGCAUGAUGCGCUAAAAGAUGUGUCACGCCUGAGCUUUGUUAUAACUGAAAAUUGUUUUCCAUGCUGAGUUUAUCAAGUUGGUCAGAUUGAUCGGUCAUUCGGUAGUUUGCAGAUAUUUCUGUUAGAACUUUGUAUCUCAGGCUACUCUGUUCUCUACCUCUUAUAUCCUUGACCUUGAAGCUUUCUUGAUCAAGAAGCUUCCACCUGUUAAGUUCACUCGCCAGCUUAUAAACUAAAAACCAAGAUUGAUCAACAAGACUUGCAUGUUGUUUAUGUCAAGUGAUUAACAUAACUCACCUACAAGCUUAAGCCGAUAAUUGAAGCCCUAAGAUAUGUUAUAUACUCUAUCACGCUUUCUCACCUGAAAACUUUUUAGGCUAAAAGUUUAGAUACAGCACAAACCCUCCUCAAAACUUACACUAAAUAUCUGCUUGAAAUGAGGGUUUGAUGAGAAUCAAACCCGUGACUUUUUUUACACUCUAUUGGUAUAAACGCACACAUUUCAACCAUAAAAAAGCUAAUCUCCUUUACCACAAUUUCAGGUAAAGUGCUUACAUACUAGCUAAAAUUGCCUUUGAAACGUAUAAUUCACGUUGCAUGUAUCUCAUGCUAUAUAAGUAACGCUUGUAUGCCAAGCAAAUACAUCAAAAAUCAAAUUCAAUCUAAUACAAACACCAAUCUUUUGUUUCCUUGUAUUUUUCCAUUGUAAUCUCAAUGGAUAUUGCUAAGUUCUUCCUGUUACUUCUCUCUGCAGCCUUAGUUUUCAGUCUAGCAAAGAGCUUCGACUUCCAUGAGAGUGAUCUUGCCUCAGACGAGAGCCUUUGGGAUUUGUACGAGCGAUGGAGGGCCCACCACACAGUUUCUCGAGACCUAGAGGAGAAGCAAAGACGGUUCAAUGUUUUCAAGGCGAAUGUCCAUCACAUUCACAAGGUGAACCAAAUGGAUAAGCCUUACAAGCUGAAGUUGAACAUGUACGCAGACAUGACUAACCACGAGUUUAGAAACUCUUACGGGUCAAAAAUCGCACACUACAGGAUGUUCCACCCUCGUCCUGUGACAGAAUUCACACAUGGCAGAGUUGAAGAUCUUCCCGAUUCAGUUGAUUGGCGAGCUAAGGGCGCAGUUACUCCUGUCAAGAAUCAAGGAAAUUGCGGUAGUUGUUGGGCAUUCUCAACAAUCGCAGCAGUAGAAGGUAUAAACCAGAUUAAAACCAAUCAAUUGCUCUCACUUUCCGAGCAGGAGCUGGUAGAUUGCGACCAUGAUGACUAUGGUUGUAACGGAGGGCUUGUUGAGCAUGCGCUAGCGUACAUUAAGAAAGUCGGAGGAGUUGUUGCUGAAGCCACCUAUCCGUAUGUAGCUAAAAACGAAAUAUGCAACUCAGCCAAGAUAAAUGGACCAGUAAAGAUCGAUGGUUUUGAAGUCGUACCUGAGAAUGAUGAAAUCGCGUUGAUGAAAGCUGUAUCAAAUCAACCUGUUUCUGUUGCUAUUGAUGCUAGUGGUUCUGAUAUGCAAUUCUACUCUGAGGGAGUGUAUACUGGAGACUGUGGAACAGACUUGGAUCAUGCAGUAACAGCAGUAGGAUAUGGAACAACACAAGAUGGAACCAAGUACUGGAUUGUGAAGAACUCAUGGGGUCCUAAAUGGGGUGAAAAGGGUUACAUUCGGAUGCAUCGCGAAUCGAAGGCUAAGGAAGGGCAAUGUGGAAUUGCAAUGGAUGCUUGCUAUCCUAUCAAGUCAUCUUCUGUUAAUCCUCAUGCUCAUCAUGCUCCUAAAGAUGAACUCUAAGUAAUAAGUAGAAGGUGUACAACUAGAACUAGAACUAGAUCUGUCUGGCUCAUUUAGGGCUCGUUUGAUAUCAUUUUCGGGUUUUUUUCUUUUCGUUUGUUGUAGUGCAUUUUAGUAAGAUAAACGAUGAACUAUCAAUAAAAGUUGAGUAAGACAUACAUGAAAGAUUGAAUGACUCGUUUGUAGUCGUGGAUCUUGAGCAAUUUUUAUGGGAUCAACUUAUAAAAUUAAGUAUUACUAUCAAUGUGUCAUUUUUAGGCAUGUUGAAACAUGAU